AUGGGGAUGAGAAUACGGAUAAUAGACGGCUGGGAGGCUAAACUUCUAGAGGUCUGCCCUCAAGAAGAUCUGCUUCCAGGGAGGCUGAGCACACAGCUUCUUCCUUGGGUCCCCGACACCUCAGACCCACAUGAUGGGGAAGAAGGAGAAGAUGGCCACCAAGCUGGAGAAGAAGGUCAAAGCAGGUAUCUGAUUGUAGCCCGGAAAACACAGCUAAUUCUUUUUGGUGGUUUCCACGAAAGGACAAGGGAUUAAAAGUACAAUGACACGUAUGCCUUUAACCUGGGCAUGUUCACACGAUGCAAGCUGUCGCCCUGUGGGAUGGGGCCACCCAGACUGGGCUGCCAAAUGUCCGUCACUCCCCGGGGGACUGUAAUCAUUUAUGGAGGCUACUGGAAAAGUCCAACAAAGGUGGACAAACACACCCUGAACUCAGAUAAAUCCCAGCUAAAGUCCGAAGAAGGAAGAAAAUGCAAAUCUGUGUGGAUUCAGAUUACCCCUUGAGGAAGACAGCUCACUCCAAGAGCCGCAUUUCGAAGGCUGUGGCCCUGAGCCAUCAGACACUGCUCCUCGGGGGUCUGUGAUAAGGAAGAGGAAAGGACCCUGAUGGGUGGCUGCUUUGAUGACCUAUACCCCUAGGACACCACAAAGGACCACUGGUUUGCAGGACAGCUGAAGGGAUUUGCAUCCGAGAAGAGAAAAUGUAGAUGAGGCAAAAAUGUGGAGCCCAAAGGUGAUAACAAGCAGGAACGUGGGGAAGCCAGUACCCAGGAGCCCCUGGAAGGGGUCAAAAUGGUGCAUGCAAAGGAUGCGACCACAAUCACCAUGGAGCAAGUGCCCCCUACCCCAGGCAGCAGGAAGGAGGAAGACAGUUCAGACGGAGAGGAGCCCCUGAUAGAACCGAGUCCUCCCUCCAGCAUCAUCCUGGCCGUGAAGCUUGGACUGUUGUAUGUGUCUGACUUGUCUGAAGUUGGUGACCACCUGUUCCCUGUCAGUGACUUCUACUGCCUUGAUCUCUGCAAGAUGGGAGAAUGGAGGACUUUGGUCGAGAUGGGUCCAAAAACUCAAGGGCAUCUGGAGGAGGUAAACUUGGAAAAGGAUGGAGAAGAGGUGAAGGAUGCAAAAAGAAGAGAUGAAGAAGAUGAUGACACCAGAGAAGAAAGUGGGGAGGAGCCUGAAGUGGAAGAGCACACUGGUGGCCCCGAUGGAGAGCAUGUGGACUGCGUGCCCAGGACUGUGUGGUACUGA